AAAUCGACCAAAAUAUUUAAUAUCAGCGUGACAAAAUGUUACGAAUAACGCAAACUACACUCGGUGCCGUUCGGAAGUGCAACCAUUGGGCGGAGUGUGGAGAACUGCUUUUGCGUGCUGGUGUCGGAGGAAAUCCCACCGGCUGGAAGUCGGCUGCUAUCAGUGCGAAUGGCAUUGGCAACAGCAGGAGUCAGUCAUCGAUGACGUCGGGCGAAUCGUCUGAUAACAAGCGCCAGAUCUCAUCGAGCAGCGGUACGACUAACAACAGCAAGCCCGAAGAUACCUCCAACACAUCUAGCUCACCCCUGACCGACAAGUUUGGCCGAUUUCACAGUUAUCUGCGAAUAUCGCUCACGGAAAGGUGCAAUCUACGCUGCAAGUACUGUAUGCCCGCAGAAGGGGUACAGCUAACGCACAAGGACAACCUACUCUCAAAGGACGAGGUGCUCCGACUGGCCAGUCUCUUCGUCGAAGAAGGCGUACGGAAAAUCCGACUGACCGGUGGUGAACCCACGGUGCGAAAAGAUCUAACCGAAAUCGUCGAACGAUUGAAGCGCAUUCCUCUGUUGGAAAGUGUUGGCAUCACAACGAACGGCCUCAUGUUGACCCGGCAGCUAGUUGGCCUCCAGCGGGCCGGCCUCGAUGCGUUGAACAUCAGUUUGGACACUCUGAAGGCGGCCAAGUACGAACAGAUCUCCCGCCGUAAGGGAUGGGACCGAGUCAUCGCUGGAAUCGAUCUCGCCAUCCAGCUGGGCUACAAGCCGAAAGUGAAUUGCGUUUUAAUGAAAGCUUCAUCAUCAUCAUUCAUCUCAUCGGCAACCCGCCGCUCCCAUCAUCCGCUGGGAGUGCGCCACUUCUCCUCUCUGAGCCAUGUGGACGAACGUACCGGCAAGGCAACGAUGGUCGACGUGGACGACAAGGAAUCGACCAAGCGGGAAGCCAAGGCGCAAGCCACCAUCUACGUCGGUCCGCUGAUCUCCUCCCUGAUCGAAAGCAACGAACUGAAGAAGGGUGACGUUCUCUCGAUUGCCCAGAUGGCGGGAAUCGUGGCGGCCAAAAAGACCUCCGAGCUGGUUCCCCUGUGUCACAAUAUUCCACUAUCCUCCAUCAAAGUGGAAGCGAGUCUGAAUGCUUGCACGCACGAGGUGAACAUUCUGACCAAGGUAAAAUGCGACGGAAAGACCGGAGUCGAGAUGGAAGCCCUUACCGCGGCCUCGAUCGCCGCACUGACGGUGUACGAUAUGUGCAAAUCUGUUUCCCACGAAAUUUUAAUCAAGAACAUCAUGCUGGUGGAGAAGACAGGCGGCAAGAGCGACUACUACAAGCUGGCCAAUAAGCCCAAGGUGGAGAUUAAGCACGACGAACUUCCCAUCGUCGUCAAGCGAUACAAGACUGACCCUAUCACGAGCCAAGAGGACUUUGUUCCGACCCAUAUCUGAGAAUACUUUCUUUUUGACCGAUUUCAGACUAUGUGCCUUUUAAUUCAAAUGAUACUUCUCAUUUAUUUCGGUUUAGUUUCUGUUUGAAUGAAUUUACUUAUAUAAUCAUACGAUCUUAGCACAGAUAUAAAAUCCAGAUAGUUACUAAGUUCAGU